UUGGCACAAAAAGCUUUUCCUGGCAGCAUGUUUUCGUCAUAAAAAGCAACAAUCUUACUUUAUUUACUACUCAUCGGGCUGGAGAGGCUACUUUUCUGAGGCUUGUGAGGAUUAGGCUAAUAUUGUGGAAAUGGCAAGCAUUGAGAACCUCAAUGAUGACUGCCUGCUUAAAAUUGUAGAGUAUCUGAAUCUGGAGGAGCAGCUGCAGCUAUGGAAGAGUUCCGAGCCGGCAUCCCGAUUGAGAUCGGUGAUUUCCUACAGCUGGCAGCGCGAAGCAGAGCACUCCGUGGACCAGGAAACAUUCAAGGACAACUAUGAGGUGCUGGACGAAUUCCUGCAGUGCAUUUGCUGCACUGUGGCGGAACUCACACUCCGCUACCUGACAAUGGAUCAACUGGAGCGGUGGAAGGGCCACACAUUUCCCAAUGUGCGGCAACUGACCUACUUGGGCGAUGAGAGCAGUGACAUUGAUGGAGACGCCGACAUCGGCAUUCUAGUUGACUGCUUUCCGCAGCUGGAAGCCAUCGGGCUGAGCGGGAACACCAGUGGUAACCACAUCAGUCGUUGGAGGAACAUUCGCCGACUCGACCUGCAGCUGUGCUGGUACUUGAGCACCCAGUGCUUCGAGGACAUCUGCCACAACCUUCCCCUUGAGGCUCUUAGUAUCCAGUGGCACAGGACUGAGGAGAAUUCCUACGUUCGGGCCAUCAGUAGGCUGCUGGAACUGGAGGAGCUGGAGUUGGACAUAGUUCAUCUUAGUAGCGAAAACAUUAGCCAACUGUUGGGCCUGCCCAAACUAAAGAAGCUUCGCCUGCACAACUUCGAUCAAUUGGAUGAUCUGCUGUCUGACAUUGGACGCAUGAGAGGUCAGGAUGUGUUGGCUGCCGCAUUCAGCGAUAAUAUUUGGAUGAGGCAAACUGAGGUGCUGGCCAAACUCCGAAGUCUCCGAUGCUUAACGCUCGUCGAUGAUGAAGGAUGUUGCGCCAUUGAUUUUCCCACGAUCAUCAACUGCUUUCCCCUCUUGGAGCAACUGCAUCUGGAGAACUCGCGCAUCUGGGUAAAUGCCGAUGGUAUAUGGGACGCGGUGCUUGCCUGUCCUCGCCUCAGAGUAUUCAGCAUGUCCAACCAGAUUCUGUAUGAUGAGUUCUUCGCCUUCAGCAAAUCAACCAUGCACCGUGCUCUCAACCAGCGAAUGGAGGAUUUGACCAUGCAUUUUUAUAAGACCGACAAGGAAGACUUGAUUUCCAAGCACUUUAGACAUCCUAAACUUCAUGUUUCCUUCAGUGCGACGAGUAGCAGCUAUUCACAAUUACCUGGCGAAUGUAUAGAACUGGAAUUUAUUCGCCACGAGUCGUGAUCCACACUAAGUGCUUAGUUAAUUUGUAACUUAAAGGACCAACAAUGUGUUAUUUAAUUGAUAAGUCUUUCAUGGAUAAGCUAGCAAUCAAGAUUAUUAAAAUGGUUUUUGACUACAUACCAAAA